AUCAGUAUACAGCUAUCCUUACUCAACGCGUCUAUGUGUCCGGCAAUCUCCGAUACCGAUCAACCUGUGAGCUUUCCGUAUACAGCUUUCGUCACUCAAUGCGUCUAUGUGUUCGGCAGUCGCAGGCGUCACUCAACCCGUUAGGUCUCAACAUGCAGCCAUCCUCACUCAAAGCGUCCGUUCUCCCCGAGUAUGAGGAGAUGACGACUGAGCGUCUUUUCGCAGAGGGCCACGUGGCUACUGGCAGCUUCUUCAUCGACCACAAUCGGUUCGCGCAGGAGGCCGAGAAGUUCAACGAUGUGACGAUCGGAGGAAAGCGGGCGACGUCACCGAGAUGGGAGAAUGCGGAAUGGCGGAUGUUUAUCACCAUUCACGACCCGGCCGCGCCGUCGAACUUCAUUCAACUGGAGAUCGGAGUAGUGGAUGGCAGCAAGGCCAAGGGUGGCCACGCCAUAAACCCGUUCCGGGCUAAACCAGACGGUUCAACGGAUGCCACUACAUUCGACUGCCCGUCGCCAUCCUACCACAUUAUGGACAGAGUGGGUACCGGCCACCACUCUCACGCGCACCACCAGGCGAAGAUCGACACGAGCCUCCUUGCUAUGGGCGUGUCUUCUGGGCCGGAGCAGACAAGCGACAAGAACAAGCUUUACAAGGGGACCAACCUCGAAGCCUACACCGACGACCGGCGAGCGGAAGGCGAGGAGGCCAUCAAGAAGCGAAAAAAGGACAUGGACAAAUACACGGGCGAUUGCUCCCGUGGAGGGGCGAACCAGGUGGGAUCCGCCCCGAGCGACGGUGCGGCAGCGAAAAUGCGCAAACCCAUCCCCGGCCAACUCAACCCCGUGAAGGCGCAUGGCUUUUGCUUCGGCCUCGGGGCGGGUGGCGUUGGCCUCGCCCAGAAGCUGUACGACAAGUUUGCCAGCGAACACGGGUUUGAGGAAGGGCCAAUUACGGAGGGCGGGUGCGAGACCCCAAACUUCAGCGAGGCGGGUGUAACGGAGGGCAAAUCCAAGUGGGAGCACGAUGAGCACGACAAACUUAUCCUGCCCGUCCACAGCGGCAUCAGAACUGACGGUCACCCAAGGUACGUAAUCGGCGGUUGUGUCUCGGUGGAGAAGGUGAACGAGUCAUGGCGACUGUGCCACUGGGUGCUGAAGUACAUCCUCGCUAGGAGGAUCGUGCCGAAGAUCACACAGAACCAACGACACAACGGCGCUCCCGAAAAGAGCUACGCCAAGAGGAGGAAGGAGUGA